AUGACAGCCUUCCUCUUCGAGCUAUUAGUGCCUUUGUCCCUGGGCUUCUUCACCUUCGUGGCCCUCGGGGACCCUGGGACGGUUCCAGCGCGGCCCCAGGGGAAUUCGGCAGUGGAGGAGCUGAUGAAGGUCAUCGACAGCCCGGCGGGCGACAUUGAGCCGCCCGACAUCAAUCGACUUUGCACGACGACUUGGGUGAUGAAAGGGCUUCGCACGAAGUACUGCGUGCAAACCGGGGCCUGUGUGGAGGAGUUUGACCACUACUGCGUCUGGCUGAACAAUACCAUAGGUAAAGCGAACCACCGUCAGUUUGUGGGUCUGGCCAUCGUGGAGUUCUUCACGCAGGUGACACACGUCCGGCUCUGCAUGGUCACGGUGAUGAGCCUCAUUCCCUACCAGAGCUUCACGCAGUGGAUGUGGGGAGCAAUUACCAGCUAUCCUCUGCUGACCAUGAUUGUUGUCAUUCACUGCGUCACGGCGCCAUGGGUUCUCAUGUUAACGCUUCAUCAAUCUCGGCUGGUCUUGAUGAAUCUCACCACGAAUGAGAUGAUGAACAUGCACAGGUACGAGCAUUUUUGGACAAUUCGACAGAUUGGUCCUGGCCACUCUUCCAGGAUCUUUCGCAAUCCCUUCAACAAGGGCAGUGGUGUGGCGAACUGCUUGGACUUCUGGUGGCACCGUACGCGAUGGCAGAUGGUGGCGCAGCCGCAACCGCUGGAGGGUGGGUGCCAAAAGCAAUGCUGCAACCACAGCCACUAG